GGAAACUUUCUCUUGGGGUCACUGGGGGCAGGAACAAAGACUUGUUAUAGAAGUUUACCCACCCCCCACCAAGUAAUCUUUGAAGAGGAACGCUUCUUAUUUGAGGGUGUCACUUCAGCGCAGAAACAUGUCUGACAUUGAAAUUGAAUUCUCUCCUACCGAGGAGUUCGGCUUUUGGUUGGAUGAGAUGGAGGACAAAUCUGUGGCCCUCACGAAGAAGCCAUCCACUCGAGUUGAAGCUUGUCAGCUUUUGGCCAGCACACAAAGUCUGAAGGAAAACAUCCUACGGAAAGAGAUCCCCAAAGAACUUCUGGAGAUUGAUGAGGAUGACACGAAGCUCUUUGAUCUUGUCGAUCGAUACAACGCUUUAAGGGAGGCGGUGGAAGAUCAAUUGUCAAAGGCUGAAACGUUAAGUUCGUGUUGGAACAAGCUCAAUAGCAACAUGAGCGAGCUAUCAAGGGCACUAAGUGCGGGUGGGGCCAACAAAUUGACCGUGGAGAAACUCGAGACUUCUUUGAACGAGUUGAAAGAGAUGUUCAAGGAAAGAGCCACCAUCAUGGAGAAUCUCACGCCAGGCGGUGAAUGUUGAUCCCGACACUUUUUUCAUUCAUUUGCACUUGUGCUUCAAAACCUCCGAUUUGCUUUUGCCUUUUCCACCUUUUCGACCAAUAAAUCCUAUGCGAC